AUGACUGAUAAUAAUCCAUCCCAAAACCCGUCUUCCUCACCUCCUCGUGAUGGGAAACUCCCAAAUUCUCAUACUCCGUACCAUCUCGCUCGUCGAACCUCUGACAUUGGCACUCUGGCCGCCGGCGGCGCAGACAUUGCUACUUCCCGUCAUUCUUCAUCAUCUUCUUCUUCUUCUAAAUCUCCACAAUUAACCCAAUCUUUUACUUCUUCUUCUACUGCUCCUGUUGCUCCUGUUGCUCCUAUAACCACUUCUUCUUCUUCUUCUUCUUCUUCUUCUUCAACAUCUCCUUUCAAUACUAUAAUCCCGCCUCCUCCAUUCAAAAAUGUCUUCAACCAUUCUCAACCACCUCACGGAAUUGUGGAAGACUCUAAAAGCCCCUCUGAAAGUCCUUCGGCUAGCCGUGUAGCCUCCUCUACAAAUCUUGCAGCAACCCUUCGUCACGUUCUUGCUCCCACUUCUCCAUCAUCUCAAAAUGACCCCUAUACUAAAAACCCAGCAGCAACUACUGGUUACUCAUCCUCACCUCCUGCUACUUCGCCACGACCAAGCAUCAUUCCUUCCUCUGCUCCUGUCUCUUCGGAAUCCGCAAUUGAGGAUGGAGAAGAUGCUACUGCUGUUGCCCCUCCAGGUUUCCAUGCUUUGCAGCACCGACUAUCACAUGAUUAUGCUAGCUUUAGACGUUCCUCAGCUGCCUCUCUUGAACAGUUGAUACACUCUGAGCUCCAAGGAAUGAUUCAUCGCAAGGAAAGUGAUGCUUCUACUGCCCCUGCUCCUGCUCAAUCACCACCUCAAGAAAAGCAAAUACAACAGCAAGCAUCUUCACUACCAUUAAAGCAACCGCAACAGCAACAGCAACAGCAACCACAACCACAACCACCAAAAACUCAAUCACCUGUUCCAAAUGAACAACCCACUCAACAACAAUGCUCUGAACCAGGCGAGUCUUUAUCUCGGAGGUGCUCUUGGAUUCCUCCAGAGCCUAAAAAUAGUGGCGAGGUUGAGGAGGCCCGUGCAAAAUGGUUUUCUUAUGAAAACUUUAAGGAGCUCAUGUAUAAUAAGAUCCAUCCGCCCACUACGUCAAGUGGACCCCACUCUUCUUCUUCUUCUUCCUCCACUUAA